AUGAACACGUACACAAGGAUGUUGUGGGUUUUAAGGCUCUGCUAUCUGGGGACUAGUAGCUUGAUGAAGGCUCAUCACCUUGUUAUGUCAUCCAUGAUUCCAAUAGUGGAGCCAGCCCAGGCCCCCGCGCUACACAUGCGCAUCUUUGAGGGUGUGUAUAUUGAUAUAGAGGCGGUCCAUCUUCACCACCUCCUCCUCGUCGCCUCGACUUUCAGCCAGUUCCAACACAAGAAGGAAGAAGAAGGAAGGAGGAGGAGGAAGAUCGAAAUCCCUCUCCUGAUUGUCUCACUGAUCUUUCUCUGCUUCUUUUCCUCUGCUCUCUCAUCUUCUGUGGUCACCUAUUUACCUAGAUUCCAAGGCCCCCUUCCCUUCUACUUAGAGACAGGGUACGUGGAGGUGGACCAGGACCACGGCGGUGAGUUUUUCUACUACUUCAUCGAGUCGGAGAACAAUCCGGUAGAGGACCCCCUGCUCCUCUGGCUGACCGGCGGGCCCAGGUGCUCUGCCUUCAGCGGAUUAGUCUUCGAAAUCGCCGAGUACAACGGGAGCUUGCCAAGCUUGGUCUACCAUCCUUAUUCCUGGACCAAGGUAGCCAACAUUAUCUUUGUAGAUUCCCCGUUGGGUUCUGGAUUCUCAUACUCAAGAAAAUAUGAAGGGUAUGAUGCCAACGAUACUAUUUGGUCCGAACAGGCUUCUAAGUUUCUUUUACAGUGGCUUGUUGAGCACCCACAGUUCAUCUCCAAUCCCCUCUACAUUGCUGGGGAUUCAUAUGCUAGAAAAAUUGUACCUAUGGUGGCCAAAAGAAUAUUGGAUGGUAACUCUACUUUUAAUGUAAACUAUUGAUGAGGGU